AUGGCAGCGCUCGACGAGAGUGCGCCCGCACCUCUGUCAGAAGAUGAACAAGAUGUUCUCGCUCUGAGCGUGCACUACCACGGCCAACCUAUAACCCUCACUCUGGCCAACGAUGCCACCAUUUCUGAUCUCUCCACCCUCGUCGCAGAGGACCUCCAAAUACCACCCUCGAACCAAAAGUUCCUCAUCUCGCCAAAACCUGGUCUCUUCCGACCACCCUUCAAAGACCCGGCCCUUCGCCUCGAUUCCCUGCCACCGAAAGUAAAGAUCACACUCCUAGGCAGCACAACCCAAGAAGUCGCCGACACCGAAUCCGCCAUCUCCACCCUAAAGCAAAAACAACAAGCCCGCCGAGCAGCCCUCAACGCCGGCCGCAAAGUCCAAGCAACCCGUCACCGUGACUGGAAGACCGCAACCGAAGAGGCAACAUACACAUUCGCCACACUACGUCCACUACCACAUCUGCAUCAACCAGAAAAGUCGCUACGUUUCCUCGAGCGUCUGCGCGAUGACCCUGGCAUCAAGUCUGCAAUGAGAAAACACAAGUACAGUGUUGGUUUGCUGACGGAAAUGGAUCCUGCCGAGCAUACCACACACGAAUCAAGAACCCUAGGCUUGAACAGGAAUAGAGGUGAGGUGAUUGAGUUGCGGUUAAGGACAGAUGCAUACGAUGGCUACAGAGACUACAAGGUCAUCAGAAAGACAUUGUGUCACGAGCUGGCUCACAACGAGAUCGGUCCACACAACACAGAGUUCCAUGCUCUCUGGAACCAGAUCGAAAAGGAAGUUGAAAAGAACGACUGGUCAAGAGGUGGCAAUUCGCUUGGAAGGCAGGAAUUCUACAACCCUGGCGACGACUAUGUCGAUGAUGAUGACCACUGCGAUGCUGGUGGUUGGGAAGGAGGAUCUUAUGUCCUAGGCAGCACGUCGAGUCAGAGCUCUGCUGAACCGCUUUCGCGACGAGAGGCUAUGGCUAGAGCAGCUGAGGCAAGGGCGAAGAAGCAGAACAAUUCACAGAAGACGGCCGACCACGAUUCUAAUGCACCGCCGACCUGA